GAGUGAGUUGGCACGUAUACCGGAAGCAGAUUAUUGAGAAGUAGAAUUAAUUUGGGGUGUAGCAGAAGUUUAACAGAUUUCUGCAGGGCUUUUUUUGCGAACAAUUCUGCUUUUACUUCAGAUUCUACUUGCAGGUUGCAGCAAUGAGUCUUCAGUGGACGGCCGUGGCUACAUUUCUGUAUGCAGAAGUGUUUGCGGUACUUUUGCUUUGCGUCCCAUUUAUCUCCCCGAAACGAUGGAGCAGAUUUUUCAAAUCUCGCCUGGUCACUGUCAUCACGACGUAUGGAAACACUGCCUUCAUCGUGAUCAUAUGUAUCCUUGUCUUUCUGCUCGUAGAUGCAUUUAGAGAAGUGAGAAAGUACAGCGUGACAGAAAAAGUGGAUCUGAGCAACAACCCUGUGGCCAUCGAGCACAUCCACAUGAAGCUGUUCAGAGCCCAGAGGAACGAGUACAUCGCUGGCUUCGCUUUGCUCCUGUGUUUGCUGUUGAGGCGUCUGGCUACGCUGCUGUCCCAGCAGGCAUCACUGAUGGCCUCUAAUGAAGCCUUUAAGAAGCAGGCGGAGGGAGCAAAUGAUGCCGCGAAGAAGUACAUGGAGGAAAAUGAGAAACUGCAGGAGAAACUGCGGCAAGCGGGUGUGGAAGUGCCUGAAGAGGGCGGGAAGGCCAAUGGCGGUGUGGAGGAGGAGAAGAGAGAUCUGAUGAAAGAGGUCAGACAACUGAAGGAUGAACUUGAAGCAACUAAGAAAGCUCUUCAGAAGUCCGACAGUGAUGUGAAGGCCAUGAAGAAGCAGGCAGAGAACCUCACAACAGAGUACGACCGUCUACUGGAGGAACACGUCAAACUGCAGACCAAAUGUGAUGCUCAACAGAAUAAGAAAUCUGACUGAAGGAAGACCACAAUUCAAGCUCUCUUUCCUGCAUCCUCAUUGGCUGGCAGCAGCUCGACUAGGUUGUGCAUCACUCUGGCGUCUGAGUGUAAGAACAGGGUUCCAUUCCGCAUAAAUGUGUUUAAUACGUGAUUUUUAAAAAAACGGCUUUUUUUUUUUUUUUUUCUGAUGCACUGUAAAAUGUUUUCUAUUUUUGCUGUGAUUUACUGGUGUUCAAUGUUUAUUUCUGGAGUUUUGGUCAUAAAGACAGCAUAAAACCUGUUGGAGUUGAUUACUGAAUGUUCACUGACACGAGUACUACAUUAAAUAUUAUCUUGACGUGUCUAUGUGUUUGUACGGUUUAUACAUUGGGCCUAAUUUAUGAAACACGAUACAUUUCUGUGUAAAUUAAAUGUGCAUUUAUAGGUGUACUCAGUAAGUUUUUCCUCAUUAAAAAAGUUUUACACUGUAAUUUUGAAAUAUAUGUAUAAAACCAUGAGCACUCACAUGAGAUGAAGACUCCAGUCACCUUAUAAGAGCUGGAUAAAUCUACAUGAAAAGGGUCCCCUCAUGGGGGCUGCCAUGUUAAAAUCACAUGACCAGCCGAAUUCUAAUCAAUUAAUCUCUGCAACCGAUCUGUUAUUGGACACUUUCACUCAUGGAUUAAAUCAAUCAUGGCUGACUGUGAAUAGUGAAUUUCUACAAUGGCGUUUGAAAGACGCUGCAUCCACACCACUAGGUGUCAGUGUAAGUCUAAGACAUAUAAAAAAAAAUUAUUGAGAGCACCUUUAAUGCGACAAUUUAUGUGAGAAUGUUUUUACGACCGGUUCACACAGAAAUGAGUUUUGCUCUCUUUUCACAAAUGAGACCCGUUGUUUUAAUGGAAGGACCAAGAAAAAUGGCCUCGGGCCGGCUAAAAUGGUCUCACGGGCCUUAUACAGCCCUGAGGCCUGAUGUUCCCCAUCCCUGACUUAAAGGGAUAGCCUCCCAACUCCCCCCCCCCCCAAUUAUUUUUUUUCUUAUUUGUCAUAAUUUCUCACCCUCCUGAUGUUUCAAACCUGAAUUACUUUCCUCCAUGGAACACAAAAGGAGUUGAUACACCAUGUCUAAACCGCAUGUGCCGCAACGGUUUUAGACUACACUGGACGCGUCGAAGUGAACAUGCUUAAUGACAUGCAGAAAGCACGGACCAAUCAGCUGUGAGCUCGAGUAGACUUCAGAAAGGGUUCAACUGGAAAAAUAUAUAUAUUUUUUUUUUGGAAAUCCACUGGUAUAAAUAUUUAAAUUAUUAUUUUUCAUUUUAUUGUUGCUAAAGGUGAGUGAACAUGUGGUUAGACACAAAAUAUUAUUUAAAUAAGCAGACCAGACACCAGAAACAUCAUGAGCUGGCUUUAAUGUAGCAGUCUGAAAUUAUUUACAAAUGUAACAAACAAAAUUCAUGACAAAAAUAUUUAAACGUAUGAUAUUUGGAAAGUAAAAUUCUUUUAUUUCAGAUGGAUGGGAUGAAAAAAUGUCCGAGAUAGCUCUGCAAUGCAUCAGCAAUAGAAUGGGGCAUCCGUUGAGAAGGAUAUACAGUGGUGGCCAAAAAUAUUGUCACCUUUGGUAAAUAUGAGCAAAGAAGGCUAUGAAAAAAAAAUCUGCAUUGUUAAUUCUUUUGGUCUUUCAUAAAAUAAAUAAAUAAAAAAUCUAACCUUUAAUGGAAGUAAAACAAUUGAAAUGGGGGAAAUAUCUCAUUAUUAAACAUUAUGGCCGUAAUUAUUGGCACCCUUUUAUUCAAUACUUUUUGCAACCUCCCUUUGCCAAGAUAACAGCUCUGAGUCUUCUCUUAUAAUGCCUAAUGAGGUUGGAGAACACCUGGCAAGGGAUCUGAGACCAUUCCUCCAUACAGAAUUUGUUUAUGAAUUUAUUUUUUCAAUAUUUUGAAUGAAAGAUCAAAAGGAUAAACAAUGCAGAUUUUUCUUUCACAGCCUUCUUUGCUCAUAUUUAUCAAGGGUGCCAAUAUUUUUGGUACUGUAGCUGCAGGCAGAGCUCCAAAAAGGGGCAUGAGCUAUGAACCCACCAGCAAAAGUAUAGAGAGUCCCUAACCCAACCCGUUCCCUAACACUAACAGUGUGUUGAGGUGUCGCCGCCUUUUGGAGAAACCCCAAAGCCUGUAGCUAUACCUACUGCAUCUGUUUACUGUCGGUGCGUCGCAGAUGCUUCCAGUUUAAACAGCUACAUUGUUUAUAAUAGAAUCUAUUUACUUUUAACGCGAUGCUCACGUCCGGUGUAGACGGGCUGUUAGGCAGAACGACAGUCUCAGUCACCGAAUAAAUUUCAUUGCAUCAUUUUUUUUCCAAUAAAAGUGAAUGGUGACUGUCAGUCCCAAAACGUUCUGCCUAACACUUCCUUUUAUGUUCCAAGGAAUAAAGUCAAAUGGGUUUGGAACAACAGGAGGGUGAGUAAAUGAUAACAUAAUUCUCACUUUUGGGUGAACUGUCCCUUUAAAAUAUAAAAUCCCUCCAGUUUACCGUCAGCGAGCUUGGUUUGUCAUUUUUGUACAUUGCCCGUCUUGUUGCUAUAGGAAGAUAUACGUGUGUUGUUUGUCCUGGGUGUGGGAUAGCUCCUGACAUUUCUGGACUAUUGUAGAGCAGAUAGAGUGAACGGGUUCAUUCCGGUCCUGUCUGGUUUGAAGCCUCCGUGUCAGUAUAAUCUGAUAUGAGGCAGGCAGGGCUGUUAGAGUAGGUAAUAACACCUCUUUGGCAGAGAACAGUAAAGCAACACUAUCUCUCAUCUUCUAGGUCUUGAAAUCAUAUUAAUGUCCCGUUUGAGAGCCACACAUUAGGGUUAUGUUUAAAACCGAAAACUCAGCAUUACUUGAAGGGAUAGUUCACACAAAAAUGAAAAUUCUGUCAUCACUGUCACUGACGUGGGCUGAUGGAACACAAAAGGACAUGUUAAGAAUGUUAGCCUCAGUCACCAUUCUCUUUCUUUGCAUGGCUAAAAGAUACAAUUAAAGUGAAUGGUGACUGAGGUUAACACCUUUUGUGUGUCCAUGGAAGAAGGAAAUAAAUCAUAACACAAUUUGCAUUUUUGGAUGAACCAUCCACCUUGAAAUGUAUUCAAUUGCCAUUGCUGUUAAUAUUUUUUACGAUCAAUAUUAUUACGAUCUAAUAUUUGACAUGUUGUGAAACACCCUUUGUUUCUUUGGUGAAUGCCACACGUGUCAAGCACAUGUUAAAUGUAUAGCUUAGAAAUCUUAGUUUGCUUGGAAUCAUCCAACGCAAUGACACCACAACUGUGUUUAAAUUGGGUACCGUGGGAACGCCAUUUGCGCUGUUAUGGACUCCUAGGGGAAAGGUCAUUGGGUUCGGUAAAAUGGUGUUGGAUAAUUCCGAUUCAAGACCUCGUGGGCUGUUAGCAAUCAUGUGAUGAAUGCCAUCUGCUACCAUGACGAUAGUGUACGAUUUCCUUCGCUCUACGAAUGGCUACAUUAGUGAAACGUUAACCAGUGCCACAAUGAGCCGCAAAAAGUCAAUGUGUACCUUAAGAUGAUGGAGGCAUUUCGACAUUUGUCUUUGAGGACCAAGAUAGUUUGACAGAUGAAUUGCGUUUGGUGUCAUGUUAUGUCAUGUAAUUACCAAACCAAUAAAUAAAUAAACAGACUGUAUAAUUCUGUUAAAAGGCCUCUUUCUUUGAAGUUUUCUUCUUUAUAUGCAUUUCCAAUGUAGCUUGUUCUUUCUUAUACCAGUAUUUCUUUUAUUUUAAUCUCUUUAUGAAAAAAAGAAAAAAAAAGAAAAAAACAUGCUCUGCUAUGGCAGUGAUGGAAUAAACAAUCUUUGACCUCCAUGGAACACAUUGUAUUCUUACAUAGUUUUGCAUAAUGCACUGUUCUGAUAGGAGUGCUGUUAUCUGCCUUGAAUCUCUUCAAGAAAGCAUUGUCUGCAAAAACAUCCAUCUGCCUUUUAUUCAUGUCAAAUUCUGAGUAUUUUGUGUUUGGUGAUGUGCUUUAGUUGGGAUGCUGAUGAACAAAACCAAUAAAUUCUACUUCAGCCAUUUUAACUUGA